GACGCGUAGCGGGUAUGUAAAAGAACACGCUUUGAACACAUGCUGUUUACAAGACUUUUAGGAGACUUCAGCGCGUAAUUAGGGAGGUCGGAGUCAGACCCUCCAAAACUACAAAGUCGGACCCUCCAAAACUACAGAGUCGGACCCUUCGAAAAUUCGCAUCCUGCGGUACAGGGGUUGUGUAAGUUCAAUUGUAAAUGUCGGGCAGCCCUGAGUGCGGCACGAUGGGGAGUCGGCGGGGAGACUGUCCUCCCCGAGCUCUCUCUCACAGGAGAAUCUAGACGCUCCAUGAUCUCUCAGCAUGCCUACCUGGACGAACCGGUCCAACUGUUCCUUCAACUGCAGUUGGGACGAGAACGCGACAUAUUGGGGAUUUGAGCACCCGGUUAACAUUUUCCCGGUUCCGGUGCUAACCGGGGUCACCGUCACCUGCGCGCUCUUCUUCUUUGUAGGUGUGACGGGGAAUCUCAUGACCAUUUUGGUGGUGACCAAAUACAAGGACAUGCGGACCACCACCAACCUGUACCUGUCCAGCAUGGCCUUUUCGGAUUUACUCAUUUUUCUCUGCAUGCCUCUGGACUUGUACAGAAUCUGGAGGUACCGACCUUGGAAUUUCGGCAACGUGCUUUGUAAACUCUUUCAGUUUGUGAGCGAGUGUUGCACGUACUCGACCAUUCUGAACAUCACCGCUCUCAGCGUGGAGAGAUACUUUGCCAUUUGUUUUCCUCUUAGGGCGAAGGUAGUCGUGACCAAGGGUCGCGUGCGCGGGGUCAUUUUGGUCCUCUGGAUAGUAUCCUUCUUUAGCGCGGGACCUGUGUUUGUGCUCGUCGGGGUUGAGCAUGAAAACGGGACGAACUCGUGGGAUACAAACGAAUGCAAAGCGACGGAAUAUGCCAUUAGGUCUGGGCUCUUAACCAUUAUGGUUUGGGUCUCCAGCGUCUUUUUCUUCUUGCCUGUGUUCUGCUUAACUGUGUUGUAUAGUCUCAUCGGGCGAAAGCUCUGGAAGAGAAAGAGGGAGACGAUUGGGGAAAACGCUUCGAGUCGUGAUAAAAACAAUAGACAGACAGUGAAAAUGCUGGCUGUGGUGGUGUUUGCCUUCGUGCUCUGCUGGCUUCCCUUUCACGUUGGACGUUACCUGAUCUCUAAAUCCACAGAGAUGGGCUCUCCUGUCAUGUCGGUCAUCAGCCAUUACUGUAAUCUCAUCUCCUUUGUACUCUUUUACCUGAGUGCCGCAAUCAACCCUAUCCUGUACAACAUCAUGUCCAAGAAGUACAGGUUGGCAGCUUGCAAGCUUUUCGGACUCCAUCAUACCCCCCGAAGAAGCACAUCGGUGGUCAAAGGAGAGAGUUCCCCGUGCUGGACGGAAUCCACUGCCAGCCUGUGACUCUUUACCAUUAACAGCCAUUUCAGACCUCAUCUACUGCCGCCGCCAUUUUGUAUGAUAAUAGUUCCUCAAAAACCCACAUGAUCUCUCAUACAUUUUCAAUCGGAUCAGGGAGCAGUUCAGAAAGAAUCGAUUCAUAAACAGCCAUUCCAAGCUCAACGUUUAAUUAGAUGCCUUGACGUUUUAUAAAAAAAUAUGCUUGUAAAUAGAGACAAAAAAGGAGAAGAAAAAGAACUUCAGUUGCCUUAAAUCUGAAUCUGGAAGACAAAAUUAGCACUGUAGAUACAGCAAACCUAUGCACCCGACGACAGGGACUGCAGAGGUGAUGCCGUUCAUUUGUAUUGUGCCCGAAUGCACGUUACGCUGCUUUAGAAAGUGCCGUCACAUUCUUUAUGUGUGUAUUCAUAAGGCUCGGCUCCAGACCCGAAGCAAUACGCACGAUUCAGAAGCUUCUGAGAAACCAGUUAAAAACAAAGAAACGUUCGCGUUGGUGCGCUCAAGCACUCAAACAUCAUAAAAGCUUGCAUUUUUUUUCCUCAGUGUUUCAUGUGCUAAACUAUCGGUACGAAUUACCCAGCUAUAAAGAAGAGUUUUAUUUAAAACCACUGCAGUACAUGUUGUGACGGUAUAUUUGUAUGUUACAUCCAGUAGUAUCUGUCGUGGAAACUGCAUGUGUCUUG